AUGGGUUGUACAUCGUCUAAGCAAGUGAAAGCCAACGUCGUCGCCGACGUUUACAAACCACCACCGUCGAGUUUCGCCGUGUUUGAUAUCAACGCCAUCGAAGAGCCAUGGCUAAAACUCGACCAAGAAGACGAUGAAAAACCCGCACGCACCGCCUUACCAAUCGCCGUUGAUGAUGAUGAUGACAACGCUCCUAAAACAUGGGAUGAGAUCAGCAAAUCUCUAGAACCCCACCUUAAACCGACCGCCGUUAAACCGCCGGAAGUUAUCUCCGUCAAACCUCCGGCGACUCCUCCACGACGGCUUCCGCGGAAGAGCGCAUCGUUCCACACGUUAGACGAGCUCGAAUCGAGAGCUAGAAAAGAGAUGGCCGCGCAAAACCCGAAGACGACGUUCAAGCUUAAGAAAACAGAGUCCAUGUCCGAGUUAAGACCAGAGUCAGACCGGACAGAGUCGACAACUCAGACGUACUCAGGGUUGUCGACUCGGUCGGUGAAGGAGAACAUAUUCGUGUUGAGAGACAGAGAACGGAGGGAGAAAGAAGGGAACAAGAAACCGGUGAUGAACUGGGACCCACUCAGGGAGUUCCCGGAGAAGUGUCCUCCCGGAGGAGGCGACGGAUUGGUUGUCUACACGACGUCGUUGCAAGGAGUGCGUCGCACGUACGAGGAUUGCAUGCGUGUGAGAGCGAUCAUGGAGCAGCAAGGAGUUGUGGUGGACGAGAGAGACGUGGCUUUAGACGCCGGAGUGUUGAGCGAGCUCAAGGAACUUCUCCAAGACGAAGCGACUUCGGUGGCGCCGCCGAGAGUGUUUGUGAAAGGAAGGUACCUCGGAGGAGCGGCGGAAGUGACGGCGAUGAACGAGAACGGGAAGCUAGGAAGAGUGUUGAGGUGGGCACGUGUGGAGAGAGUAGGGGAGGAAGGGAGACAAGCGUGUGAAGGGUGCGGAGGAGCGAGGUGGUUGCCUUGUUUGGAAUGUGGCGGUAGCUGUAAGGUUGCUGCGGUGGUGGUGACGGUGAAGGGUGAAGGAUGGGAGAGGUGUGUCAAGUGUAAUGAGAAUGGAUUGAUACGUUGUCCUGUUUGUUUUGUUAAUUAA